CAACCUCGAUUCUCUGCCGGCUUCCAUCGGCAAUCUGACGAAACUAGAGGAGCUAAACUUGCAACAGAAUUCUCUGGACUUGUUACCAGAUUCUUUGGGAAACCUGACCAGCUUGAAGCGUUUGAAUUUGGCGGAAAACCAGUUGUCCUUUGUGCCUGAGUUGGUUGGCAAUCUGCAGAAGUUAAAGACAUUACAAUUGCAAAGAAACUUCCUGCACCGCCUGCCCGCUUCUAUCGGCAAUCUGACGAAACUAGAGGAGCUGGACUUGCAAAAGAAUUAUCUCUACUUGUUACCUGCUUCUUUCGGCAACUUGAAGAGCUUGACUCUGCUGAACCUGACCAACAACUCUCUCGGCGUCCUGCCGGACUCCUUCUGCGAGUUGACGAACUUAGUGUCCCUGUUCUUACAGGAGAAUUUUCUGCUGGAUUUGCCCAAGAGAAUGGGAACUCUGGUAAGACUCAAGAAACUGGUGGUGCACCAAAAUAGCUUGACUUCUUUGCCUGAAUCCGUGGGCAGCCUCCAGUUGGAGGAACUUGAUGUGCAUCUGAAUGUUUUGGUGGAAUUGCCUGACUCCAUGGGCAAUCUGGUGAACCUCCGGGAACUCUUUCUGGAAGGCAAUCGGCUGACAUCCCUACCCGAAUCCUUCAGCCAGCUUGCAAACUUGGAGUCUCUUUCCCUGCAGAAUAACAGACUGACCUCACUUCCCGAAUCCUUCUGUCAGCUGACGAGGUUGAGGUAUUUCCAUUUGCACAGCAAUCAGCUGACGCAUUUGCCGGAGAACAUUGGAAAGAUGAAGCUCCUAAGGGAACUCUUUCUGGAAGGCAAUCGGCUGACAUCCCUACCCGAAUCCUUCAGCCAGCUUGCAAACUUGGAGUCUCUUUCCCUGCAGAAUAACAAACUGACCUCACUUCCCGAAUCCUUCUGUCAGCUGACGAGGUUGAGGGCUCUCCAAUUGCAGAGCAACCAGCUGACCCAUUUGCCCGAGAACCUUGGGAAUAUGAAGCUCCUAACGUUGAUUCUUCUGCGCGAAAAUCAGCUGAAAGGCUUGCCCGAAUCGUUCAGUGAGCUGACGAAGUUGACUCUGCUGGAUCUGUCCAACAACUCACUGACGGUGCUGCCUGAAUGGUUGACGAGCUUCACGCAACUUCAGUUUCUAUAUGUACAGAACAAUCGGCUGAAGGACGUGCCUGACUUGGGGAAGCUAAAGAGCCUAACGGUGCUAUUUCUCGGUGGAAAUCAAUUGACCCGCCUGCCGGACUCCAUUGGCGAAGUGAAGAACUUGACGGAGCUCUGCGUGCAGCAAAAUUAUCUGAUCAGUUUGCCAAAAUCCUUGGGCGAUCUGACGAACUUAAGGCAUCUCGAAUUGCAGCAAAAUCAGCUGACCUCGUUGCCAGCUUCUCUGGGCAAGCUGGUGAACUUGAUGGAGCUGGACGCACAUCGAAAUCGCUUACUUUCUUUGCCCUCCAUGGACGAUCUGGUGAACUUGUGGCGGAUUUCUUUGGAGGGCAAUCGUCUGACCUCCUUGCCGCAAUCCUUUGGGAAGCUGCAGAUGUUGGAAUGGGCGGAUUUGACCAACAACCUCCUGACAUCGCUGCCCGACACGCUCUGCGAGUUGACAAACAUCAAGUCGUUGUUCUUGUCGCAGAAUCAGUUGACCCAUUUGCCGGACAGAGUGGGAAACUUGAAGAGUCUAUCGCUCAUUUCUUUGAAGCGGAACAAGCUGACCUCCCUGCCUGAAUCAGUUGCCGAGCUCGGUGAAUUGAAGUAUCUUCUCUUGCAGCACAAUCGGCUCGAACAGUUGCCGGAGACGAUGGGGAAUCUGAGGAACCUCACGCAACUCCACCUGAUGCGCAACGACUUGACCUUGCUGCCGGAGUCCUUGGGCGAAUUGCAGCAGUUGGAGUUUCUCGGACUGGAGAGCAAUCAGCUGACUUCUUUGUUUGGCACGGUUGGGCAACUGAAAAAACUACGACACUUGCUCUUGCAGAGCAACCAACUGUCCAAGCUCCCGGAAUCCAUUGGACACCUGACCAACUUAUGGGAACUCUCUUUGCAGAAGAAUAAACUGACCGCUUUGCCGGACUCCUUGGGCAAUUUGAGGAAACUGGUGCGCCUCUAUGCGCAGAAGAACUUGCUCCGAUCUUGGCCCGACUCUUUGCAGAAACUCCGCAGCGUCGCCUUUGUGUUGCUGCAUGACAAUGGCCUGAGGGGCAACUUGACUGUGCUGUGCCACUGGAGAGAGAUUCGAACCAUCUAUUUGCACAAUAACAAGUUGAACAGAAACAUCCCUGACUGCAUUGGUGCCUUGCCUGCCCUUCAAGUUCUAACGCUGCAUAACAACAUGUUGGUUGGUCCUAUCCCAGUGGCCUUCGGGGCCGCGUCCCAUUUGCAAGUGCUGACGCUGCACGAAAAUGCUUUGACUGGAAGCAUCCCCAAGAGUUUCAGCAGUUCUCCGCAGUUGUCGUUCCUCUCAGCCUUCGGAAAUGACUUGUCUGGUCGCAUUCCAGAGUUGAACUUGAAGACCGGCUGCGCGGAUGACUUCUCCUUCGAAUUUCACAAACAGACUAUUUUUUUGUCAGACCUAACUAUCACCUGUGACUCCACUUUCAAUUUGGAUGACUUCAACUUGAGCUUUCAGGAGAUGCAACUCAUCUUUGAAAGGUGUCCGAACGCAUACAACCAUGGCAACUGUUCAACUGCCUCCUCUCGAGGGCCGGUGCUGCUAUUGCAGAGCAACCGCUUCUCCUGCUCUUUGCCAACACGAGUCACUUCUGAAGCUGGCGUGGCCAGCCUACGAUCUUUGAUCCUCAUGGGAAAUAUGCUCGGCAAUGGGACCAAGGCAUUACCGGACUGGGUUCAUGAUACUGAAAACCAACCAUUUUUGUAUGUCUCCAGUUUGAGGGGUCAGAGAGUGUUGACCAUGUUGGUGUCCCUGGGCGCUAUCUUCGCCGCAGCUUUGUAUUCGCUGGGCAACUGCUCCACCUUUCUUCUUGGAGGAUUUGAGAAUCAGGAAGAUCAGACAGGUAAGGCCCAUGUCUUCGUGAUGCGAAUGAGUGUGCAGUUUCUCCCCAUCUACUCCUUGCUCCUGGCUCUUUAUUUAGGAGGUGCCGGCUACUACCGUUGUGGAGAUGUGCUGGGGGAUUCCAGCCUGGCUCAUUUUCCGGGCAGCCUGGACGCGGUGUUGGCUUUGGGUUGGUCGGCAUGGAUCCUGCUAGGCAUGCGAUGGUUGCGAGAUGUGCCGAAGCCCCACAGGACGACGAUGCCCUCAUCGUGGCUUUCGACGCUUUCGCUUCCCGGUGCGAGAAAGGACUCGGCGAGUCGGCUGGGGAAAUUCUUCUGGUUCAUCCUGUGGCUCUUCCUGGUGCUUCUUCUCUCCACGCCCUCCAUGGCUUAUGCCAUGGUGGAUAGCCUACCUCGACAGAACACCCUCAUCAUCACAAGUCCUAACUUGCUGACCACCAUCCAUAGCCUGGCAGUGCCAAUCAUGCUGCUUGUGGAUCUGUUGCUGACUCCCAAGCUGGCGGCCUUGAUCUCUGAAAGAUCUGCCCUGAGACGAUCCAUGUUGCUCAUGGCGGCUCGUUCGGCAACGAUGUGGCUGAAUGCUACACUGUGCACCAUUUACCUCAAUGAACACUGCAUGCGGGGAUGGACACGGUUUUGGACGGUAUGCAAUCCUUUAACCGAGCACUACCAAAAUCUCAACAUUUCGCUGGGAGAGCAUCAGCUGUUGGAUCCCACCAACGACCUCUGUCUGCAGAAUAAGAAUUGGUGGAGGUCGGAUGCAUGUGUUCGCUCAAUUGUCGAAACUCUUGGUCCUCUGUUUGUCACCAAAAUGAUCCAACGUGCAUUUUUGCAACCCGUCAUAGUGCUGGUCUUGUGGAAGCUUUCCAAAGAGAUCGAAGGACAGCUCUGGCUUUUUCCUUUGGCCUACUUUGGCAUUCGCUCAGUGAAGUUUCGCACCAGCAACAGCUUGGACCGAGCGCAGCAAGCCUCGUUUCUGGUGACCCUGGCAGAGGUUCUUCUGCUGUGGAGCCCGUUGGUGCCGUAG